AUAUAUAGCCUCCUUUCCUUUCACAAACAAACCCCACAAUCCACAUUACCAAUCUCUUCUCUUCUCUUCUCUUCUCCGCUUCUUAAACAUUUCUCACAAUAUUUAUAUUCAUCUGAGAUUAUAUUCCUCAAGAAAUGGAGUGCAGCACUGAGACCAACACCACUACGACCACUAAUUCAUCAAACAUGGUCGGCUCUCAGACUCCUUCUUCCUCGUCAUCUCCUCCUCAGACUCCUCCUCCUCCUCCGACACCACCCGUUGUGAUUAGCCCUUGCGCCGCUUGUAAGAUCCUGCGGCGGAGGUGCGCCGAUAAAUGCGUCUUGGCGCCAUAUUUUCCUCCCACUGAGCCAUCCAAGUUCACCAUUGCCCACCGAGUCUUUGGAGCCAGCAACAUCAUCAAGUUCUUGCAGGAACUCCCAGAGUCUCAAAGAUCAGACGCGGUUAGCAGCAUGGUGUACGAGGCGAGUGCAAGAAUUAGAGACCCCGUUUACGGGUGCGCGGGGGCGAUUUGCCAGCUUCAAAAGCAGGUUAACGAGCUUCAAGCACAAUUAGCCAAAACACAAGCUGAGCUUGUCAACAUGCAGUGCCAGCAAGCCAACCUUGUGGCCCUUCUUUGCAUGGAAAUGGCUCAAUCCCAACAAGGAUCGUAUCAUGAUAUUUCUCCUCAUCAACAUCAUCAACAAACGCUUGAUGGAUUCAAUAAUAAUAUUACUACGCCUCUCAUGAUGACCGGCAACCAAAACAAUAAUAACCUGAGUUUCCUUGAUGAUAACAACCUAGGCUCAUUGUGGGAACCACUCUGGACAUAAUCAUGAUCAUGAUGAUCAUCAAAGUGUUAGUUAUAUAUAAUUAUAUUAUAGCAUAGUCCUAAAUUAUAUCAGAAGAAAGAAAAUGUUCCAAUGAAAUUCUCCCAAGGAGAAGCUGAUGGACAUUGAAUAUUUUUAGUACCUUAGAAUUAAGGAUUUGGGUCUACUUAACAGUAGAGGGAAAAGAAUAUUGUGUAAGCUAACGAUCUAAUCACUUUGUUAAAUCUAGACAAAGUAGAUAUGGAUCCUUUUUUUUUUCCCUCCAUCUCCAUGUAUUUUUCCUUUCAGUACUGCAGAUAGAGAAUGUUUAGACGUACGCGUUUGUGGUAAUUAAAUUAUGGUCAAUUAAUUAUAUUCUGAUUAUGGAAUCCUAA